GCAUCCGUAAUACUACGGUUACGUGAAGGGUAUCCGGGUAAAUUCGGAAAAUUCAAGAAAGGAUGUAGAAAAUGGAAGAAAACGCAGUGAGUGGCUUUCUUCUGGGAGAGGCUGGAAGACAACAGUCACAACACAGAACAGAGAGGAGGAGUUAUUGAGAGAGAGAGAGAGAGAGAGAGAGAGUUGCUCAUUGUUUUUCCUUGAAGCUGAGACCUAUUUUUUUAACUCAAUAUAUGGGUGAUUCAAGCGAUUCUGUUUCCAUAGAUAUUGGAGGGAAGGAAUGUUUGGUUAAGACGAGCAAAGGUUUAAUCUCGGUCUUGGUUUGUGGGGAUCAAGAAAAGCCUGCUCUAAUAACGUACCCAGAUGUUGCUCUCAACUACAUGUCGUGUUACCAGGGUCUCUUCUUCUGCUCUGAGGCUGCUUCCUUGUUGCUUCAUAACUUCUGCAUUUACCAUAUUGAUGCCCCGGGGCAUGAGUUAGGAGCUGCAGUGAUAUCUUCAGAUGUGCCUUUGCUCAGCGUGGAUGACCUUGCAGACCAGGUCGCCGAGGUGCUCGAUUUCUUUAGGCUGAAAGAAGUAUUCUGCUUAGGUGUAACUGCGGGUGCUUAUAUUCUUACCCUUUUCUCUAUGAAAUAUAAAGAGCGCGUGCUUGGAUUGAUCCUUGUGUCCCCUAUAUGCAGAGCACCUUCUUGGACUGAAUGGCUUUAUAACAAGGUACUAUUGAACUUGUUAUACUUCUAUGGAAUGUGUGGUUUAUUAAAGGAGUGCCUUCUCCAUCGCUACUUCAGCAAGGAGCUUAGGUGUAGCAACAGGCAGGGCACAGAAUCAGAAGUAAUACAAGCUUGUCGAAGGUCACUCGGAGAAAGGCAGAGUCUGAAUGUCAUGCGCUUUGUACAAGCAAUCAAUGAGAGGCAUGACCUUUCGGAGGGCUUAAAGAAGCUAGAAUGCAAAACUCUCAUUUUUGUGGGUGAUGGCAGUCCAUUCUGUACUGAUUCAGUGCACAUGAAUGCCCUAAUGGACAAAAAGAUCUGUGCUCUUGUGGAGGUUCAGGCAUGUGGCUCGCUGGUGACUGAGGAGCACCCGUAUGCAAUGUUGGUUCCUAUCGAGUUUUUUCUAAUGGGGUUUGGCUUUACCCGGCAACAACCUAUUGCUAGCUUAUCAAGUAACGGGGCAAACCCCACCAACCCUUCAAGGUAUUUCUGCUCCAUAGCGCCCGAGAUGCUCUCCCCUGAGAGCUUAGGGAUCAAGCUUAAACCCAUUAAAACCCGGGCAACCAUCGACGUCUGACAACCAUGUUUGAAGCAUAUAAGGCUUCACAGUGGCACAUUCUUUGAUUGGUUUGUGUUUAUAGCAAUGGGUUUAUUAUUAUUAUCAUCAUCAUCAUCAUCAUCAUUAUUAUUAUUAUUCUUUCGUGUGUGUUAAAUUAGGUUUCAUUGAAUGGAUUCUUUCUAGUAGCUUGAAGUUUAGAUAAAAUGGAUUAGAGUUACUCUAAUUUGACUGUAUAGGAGGUAUUCUUUCUGAGAGGGAUUUCAAUCAUUUGUACUCA